AUGCCUGGAGAUAACUGUCCCGUAGUUGGCUGUGGAACUUGCCGUAAAACCAAGGGAAUUGGAAUAUGGAAGCUUCCAGCUCCUCGGGACGAAACAAAUCGCGAAUGGCGCGAAGAUUGGCUCCAUGAGCUCAAGAAAUACAGAGUUACGGACAGUAACUUCCAACGACAGAUCGCAAAUGACAAAGUAUUUACUUGUGAAAAGCAUUUUCAUGAAAAUGACAUCGAAAUAACUGUAUCAGAGAGAAUGACAAAGAAAAGGCCGAGUUUUGGAGCACUUCCAUUGCUGAGCAUGACGCAGAAGAGCUUUCAAAAACAACCACCAACUCCCAGGCCUUUGAGAUCGAUUGGAAAGGAAGACUUCGAUGGCUGGAAAGUACAUUUUUGGGAUACCUCAGGGAUUGGUUGCAGAACACAAAGGACAGGCCAGGAGAGUUUACCAAGAAUGUCCGAA